AUGCCGCCGCCCCCAAACCCAGAGCUGAGACGGCAGGUCAUCGCCAUCUACAAAGAGAUCCUCAACCUAGGAAAAGACUACCCGCAAGGCGGCCUAAGCUACGUGCGGCCACGUCUGCACCGCGCCUUCAUGGCGAACGCGCACCUGCGGGACGACGAGGACAUACGCAAGGGGAUCGCGCGGGCCGAGUUCGUGAAGAAAGAGAUCGAGGCAUUGUGA